AUGGCGGAUUUUACCAGCAUGUUGAUGAAUCCAUGGGUUCUUCAUCUCCAGAAGCUCGGGUUGGAGCUCAAGUGCCCACUAUGUUUGAAAUUGCUUAAUCGACCGGUGUUGCUUCCUUGUGACCACGUCUUCUGCGAUUCAUGUAUACAUAAAUCAUCGCAAGUUGAAUCAGCCUGUCUUGUCUGCAAUUCUAAACAUCCCAAAAAAUCUCAGAGAAAUCUUCAUUUCAUGGAGAGUGUUAUAAGCAUAUACAAAAGCUUGAAUGCAGCUGUUAGUGUUCAUCGUCCACARUUACAGAUUCGGAAUGAUUGCAACUACAAGAASSAYWCACUGAACAAUCCAAACAGCCAAAAAGACAGUGGAUCUGAAGAUUCUGAGAUUCUUCACAAGGAUGUGAUCAAGCGAAGUGGUAGUGAUUCCUCUAGUCGUGAUGGUUCUCCUCUUCCAACCUCAGAAGAAAGCAAUCCAAGACCUAAGCAGCUGAUCCCAUCAUAUGAGUUUGAAUCAGAGAAUGACCCUAGCAAUCGCACACCGGAAAGUCAUACAGGAAAAGCUUCAAAAAGUCUGAGUAACAUCACUGCUUCUGAGCAGAAGGUUGUGAGGAAGCGGAUUUGUGGUGAUGCUUCUAGUCAUGAUGGUUCUCCAGUUCCAAACUCGCAAGAAACCAAUCCAAAUCCUAAGACUCAGGAUCAGACUGUGCAGCUGUUGAUGGAGAGCCUCCGGUCAUAUGAUUUUCAGCCUGAAUCAGACAAUGAUCCCACUGAUCAUGUAAAAGCGCAUAAACACCAGGUGCAUUGUUGUCUUGUACCCGAACAAGCUGCAAAAAGGAAGUGUGACAUCACCUCUUCUGAAGCAAUGGAGAAUUAUCAGAAAGUCCCCAAGAGGCAUAAGAACCUAAUGCAAAAAGCUGCUGAUAUCGACUUUAACGACAAAUACAGUGCAAACUCUGAUGAUCAGCUAAAUGGAAAAACCUCUAAGGGAUCAGAUUUGAUCACACCUGUAAUUUCAGAUCAACCAUCAUCAAACAUAACCAUAUGUGGAUUCUGCCARUCUGCUAGAGUAUCUGAGGCCACUGGUGAAAUGCUGCAUUACUCCAGUGUUUGGCCGGUGGUUGGAGACGACAUCUUCCGCUCCAAUGUUAUCCAUGUUCAUAGCGCAUGUAUUGAAUGGGCWCCACAAGUUUACUAUGAAGCUGACACAGUGAAGAACCUGAAAGCAGAACUAGCAAGGGGAAUGAAAAUCAAGUGCACUAAAUGUGAUCKGAAAGGAGCUGCMUUAGGCUGCUAUGUCAGGUCUUGCCGCAGGAGCUAUCAUGUUCCAUGUGCACGGGAGAUUUCYAGAUGCCGUUGGGAUCAUGAAGACUUUCUUCUGCUUUGUCCUGCUCAUUCUUCAGUCAAAUUCCCUAACGAGAAGUCUGCACCUCGUCUACCUAAAACCAAGCCCCUACAGAAAACAAAUCCUGAUGAGCUUUGUUCUCUAGAAACAAAACCGGCUAUUACAAAAGACCUUGUUUUCUGUGGAUCAGCACUCUCUCAGAGUGAUAAGCGGCUGAUGGAAAAGUUAGCUGUUAARUUCAAUGCAACCAUGUCAAGAUACUGGAACCCAAGUGUUACACAUGUGAUUGCUUCUACAGACGAGAAAGGAGCAUGCACAAGAACUUUGAAGGUUCUUAUGGGAAUUCUUCAUGGAAAAUGGAUUGUCAAUGCAGAUUGGAUGAAAGCUAGCCUCGAAGCUUCCCGACCUGUUGAUGAAGAACCAUUUGAGAUUCAUAUUGACACUCAAGGAUGUCAAGACGGACCGAAARCCGCAAGACUCAGAGCAGCAACUAAUAAACCAAAGCUCUUUGAUGGUAUGAAGUUCUACUUCUUUGGAGAUUUCUGUAAAGGAUACAAAGAAGACCUUCAGAAUCUAGUCAAAGUCGYGGGUGGUACGAUCUUGAACACAGAGGAUGAGCUUGAUGCAGAAAGUAGCAACARUGUCAAUGACCAAAGAUCAUCAUCGAUUGUAGUUUACAACAUUGAUCCUCCAAUUGGGUGUGCAUUAGGUGAAGAAGUCGCAAUUAUUUGGGAACUAGCAAAUGAAGCAGAAGCUUUAUCCACGAAAACUGGUUCUCGARUCGUUGGUCACACAUGGCUCUUGGAGUCUAUUGCUGGUUACAAAUUGUAUCCUAUGGUUAGCUAA